AUUAAUAGGUACAAGAUGGUUUUUGUGCCAUUCACGGGUGUGGAUCAUCAUUUCCAAUGUGUUACAUUUGGUGCGGGUUUGAUAUCAACCGAGUCCAUUGAAUCUUAUGUGUGGUUGCUUAAGGCUUUCUUGAAGGCACACGGUACUCAACCAACUCUCGUGCUGAGUGAUCAAGACCCAUCCAUGCUUCAAGCUGUUCCUAUGGUCUUUACCGAAUCACGCCACCGUCUAUGCAUGUGGCAUAUAAUGAAAAAACUACCCUCCAAGAUCUCUGCGGACGUUCUUGAUAACACUGAUCUUCGGUCCUGCAUUCACCGGUUGGUUUGGAAUGUUUAUAUCAAACCAGAAACGUUUGAGUCCCGCUGGAAUGACCUCCUACAAACAUUUGGCCUACAAUCCCACACUUGGUUGAACGACAUGUACAACAUCAAACAUCUUUGGGUACCAGCCUACUUCAGGGAACUGCCCAUGUGUUGCUUGAUGAAGACUACUUCACGCUGUGAAAGCUCUAAUGCUGCCUUCAAGUUCAACUCAACAAGCGCAAACACCCUUGUACAAUUUAUGAUGUGCUUUGAAAAUAGGGUAGACAACCAAUGA